AUGGCUUUCUUUUUCGGUGUGUUCCUUGGAGUUUCCAUUGGCAUCGGGUUGAUCAUUGCUUUUGCUCGAUAUGGGAAAAUUCGAUCCACUCGUCGUACUGAUCUGGCAAGGACGAUCGCUGCAUUUGCAAGGUUGACAGUGCAAGAUUCAAGAAAAAUCUUACCACGUCAGUUUUAUCCACCUUGGGUUGUCUUUUCUCAGCGCCAGAAGUUGAUUUCUUCACAAAUACAGUUAGGUUGGCUUAACGUCCAACUUGAAAAGAUUUGGCCAUCGGUUGACGAGGCAGCAUCAGAAUUAAUAAGAGCGAGUGUUGAGCCAAUUCUUGAACAAUAUACACCGGCUAUCUUAUCAUCUAUGAAGUUUGACAAGUUGACUCUUGGUACGGUUGCACCACAAUUUACAGGUAUUUCCAUCGUUGAGAGCGAAAGUGGUGCUGAUGGAAUCACAAUGGAGAUGGAUAUGCAGUGGGAUGGUAACCCCAACAUUGUGCUUAAUAUUAACACCAAACUCGGUGUUAGCCUGCCGGUGCAGGUAAAAGAUAUUGGGUUCACUGGGGUUUUCAGGUUAAUCUUCAAACCACUUGUUGCUCAGUUUCCUUGUUUUGGAGCUGUUGCCUAUUCCUUGAGAGAGAAGAGAUAUCUUGACUUUACACUAAAAGUUAUUGGAGGUGAUCUAUCAUCAAUACCCGGGGUUUCUGAUGCCAUUGAGGAAACAAUCAGGAAUGCUGUUGAAGAUUCUAUAACAUGGCCUGUCAGGAAUAUUGUACCCAUAUUACCUGGGGAUUACAGUGGUCUGGAGCUGAAACCAGUUGGAACAUUAGAUGUGAAGCUUGUGCAAGCCAAGGAACUAACAAAUAAGGACAUCAUUGGGAAAUCUGAUCCUUUUGCUGUCUUAUUUAUACGUCCACUUCCAGAUAAAACGAAAAGGAGUAAAACCAUUGAUAACCAGUUGAAUCCAAUUUGGAAUGAGAACUUUGAGUUCAUUGUAGAGGAUGUGUCCACUCAACACUUGACCAUAAAAGUCUUUGAUGAUGAAGGGGUUCAAUGUGCUGAACUCAUAGGCUGUGCUCAAUUAGCAUUAAAGGAGCUUGAACCCGGUAAAGUGAAGGAUGUAUGGCUGAAACUGGUCAAGGAUUUACUAGUCCAGAGAGAUAAUAAAUACAGGGGUCAGGUGCAGCUUGAGCUCCUUUACAACCCUUAUGGCACAGAUAGCACCUUUAAGAAUCCAUUUGACGCUGAUUUCUCAUUGACAUCAUUGGAGAAGGCCCUUAAAUCUCCAAAUAGUGUAAAGGAAGCUCUUGCUCCUGAAAAAGCGGGUCAAAAGAAAAGAGAGGUCAUUGUUAGAGGAGUACUGUCAGUGUUAGUUAUAUCAGGUGAAAACUUGCCACCAGUUGAUUUUAAUGGAAAGGCAGACCCUUUUGUGGUCCUCACAAUGAAGAAAUCCGAGACAAAAUCCAAGACAAGGGUUGCUAAUGAGACCUUGAACCCAGUUUGGAACCAAACCUUCGACUUUGUAGUGGAAGAUGCAUUACAUGAAAUGUUAAUCAUUGAAGUUUGGGACCACGACACUUUUAGGAAGGAAAAAAUUGGAAGAAUCGUCAUGACACUCACUAGGGUGUUAUUAGAAGGGGAAUUUCAAGACAAUUUCACAAUAGAUGGUGCUAAAUCAGGAAAUCUUCAUCUCCAUUUAAAAUGGAGCCCUCAGUUAGUAUUCCGUGACCGUGAUACUCAAUGAAACAUAAAAUUCUUCAGACCAAUAUCCUUGGCAUCUCCUCCCUGGCACUGAUGAAGAGAUAAAUAAAAUGCUUGCUAAUUUUCAAGCUAUGUAAUCUAACAUCGAGGAAAUGGAUAUAUGGAUGUCAGCCUGUUGUUUUCUUCAGUGUAGAUCGUCAUGAAUUUUCUUUUCUAUUUAAGCUGCUAGAAAUUUUGCUUAAAAACCAAUCCGGUUAUAUUCGGGUCGAUUUCUCUGUCAUGUUACUUGGUAGCAACGACAGCAUGACAAUUGCACUGUUACCCAUCGAUGGCCCAUUUCGAGGGUUUCG